AUGAGGAAAGUCCUCAUUGUGGAUGGAACACACAUCAAGAAUGUCCAUGGUGGAGUUCUCCUUGUUGUGAAUGCUCAGGAUCCUGAUCAUCACCACUACCCAAUUGCGUUUGGUGUAGCAGAUGAUAGAAACAAAAGCUUGAUCAAGUCAAUACGUCUAGUGUUCCCUGAGGUCGAACAUGGGUAUUGUAUAUGGCAUUUGUCUCAGAAUGUUAAAAGCCACGUCCAUAACAACAAAGAUACUUGUGUGUUCAAGUUCAGAGAAUGCGCACACGCUUAUACGGAGGCUGAGUUAAGGUACCUUUAUCAUGCUUUUCGCAUGAAGUAUCCUAGUGCAGCAGUGUAUCUUGACAAAAGUGUUGAAGAGAAGAAAUUGGCUAGACGUUACUUCAGAGGAGAUAGGUACAAUGUUGAUACCACCAAUUCAGUAGAAUCUUUUAAUGGUGUUAUUAAGAAAGCGAGAAAGUACACCUUACUACCAAUGUUUGAUGUUAUCAUUGCAAAAAUAUCUGAAUUGUUUAACAACCAUAGGAAGGAGGCAGCUGAAAUACCAUACACACUGAAGCUUGUGCCUAUUUUUGAAACCGAAAUGUCUAAAAGAUAUGUUGAAGCGGGCUUUCUUACGGUUGACGAAUUAAACAUCUUCCAUCUUGAGUACUGUGUGCAUGGUACUGACGGCAAAGUUUAUACUGUUGAUAUGGCUAUGAAUACUUGCAGUUGUGAGCAAUUUUAUAAAGACAAAUACCCUUGUGUGCAUGGAGUGGCUGCUGCCACAUUCAUGACUGCGGCAGCGGGAAGGGAACUCCAUCUUUCUGAGUAUUGUUCAAAAUACUAUUUGGUGGAGCAAUGGGCUUUAGCUUAUCACAUGACCAUAUAUCAUGUUCCUCAUAUGUCUGAUUGGGUUGUACCAGAAGAUGUUAGAGCAAAGAAACUACUUCCUCCAGAUUUUGAAAAGAAGAAAAGAAAACCACAACAAACAAGAUUUCUAUCAGUAGGAGAAUCCUGUGGAAGAGGAAAAAGAGGCAGAAGGGGAGCUAGAGGAGCCAGAGGAAGAGGCAGAGCCAGAAGAGGAGAUAUGACAUCGUAUUUUGAAUGUGGAAGUGGUUCAGUUAACUCCUAG